UGAAUGAUGGCAUUUGGCUCCCUUUACUGGGACUGACUGGGGCUACAGCCUAGCUUAUACUGGAGAGACGAAGGAUCCGGCUUAAAUUAUACUGGGGGUACAUCUUAUAUUAAUACUGGGGCUGACUGGUAAUACAGUUUAUACUGGGACUGACUGGGGCUACAGCCUAGCUUAUAGUGGGGAGACGAAGGAUCCGGCUUAAAUUAUACUGGGGGUACAUCUUAUAUUAAUACUGGGGCUGACUGGUAAUACAGUUUAUACUGGGGCUGACUGGUAAUACAGCUUAUACUGGGGCUGACUGUGUGAUACUGGUUUUACUGGGACGUACUGGGACUAGGUACUGGAGUUACUAGGACUGACUGCUGUGGAUACCUGUUACCGGUUAUACUAGGACUAGUUACUGGAGUUACUAGGACUGACUGCUGUGGAUACCUGUUACCGGUUAUACUAGGACUAGUUACUGGAGUUACUAGGACUGACUGCUGUGGAUACCUGUUACCGGUUAUACUAGGACUAGUUACUGGAGUUACUAGGACUGACUGCUGUGGAUACCUGUUACCGGUUAUACUAGGACUAGUUACUGGAGUUACUAGGACCGACUGCUGUGGAUACCAGUCACCGGUUAUAUUUGGACUAGUUACUGGAGUUACUAGGACUGACUGCUGUGGAUAUUGAUCAUACUUGGACGGAUUUAUCGGAUUACUGGAGAUACUGGGAGCUUAAGAUACUGGAAGCGAGGAGGAAAAGUCUGGAAAUGUUGCAAAAGGAACCCCAGAGGUGACACUACAAGCUAUCCUCCACAUUUUUUUCCUUUCAUCCUGAAGACGUUUUGGUGACACAGAAAACAUGGAGAAUGAACAGCAGACCCCUUCCACUUCCAGCAAUGCUGCUACCCCUAACGGGCGUCAGUCCACCCCCUCAUUACCAGUUUAUAGCGGGAUCCCAGACCGGCAAGCUGUGCAGGUUAUCCAGCAAGCCCUGCAUCGUCAGCCCAGCACAGCUGCGCAGUACUUACAGCAGAUGUAUGCCGCGCAGCAACAGCAUCUAAUGCUGCAGACAGCAGCACUACAACAACAGCAGCACCUCAGCAGUGCUCAGCUACAAAGCCUAGCAGCCGUGCAGCAGGCCGGUUUAGCUGCCAGCAGACAAGGAACCCCACCUGUGACCAACGUCUGUCAGCAGAAUCUGUCUCAACCACAAACGCAGAUAAACCUGACAACCUCUCCUCAAAUCAUCAGUCGAACGCAGUCUGUCAGCUCCACGCCAGCUUCAGCCUCCGGUGUAACUCAACAGGCUGUGCUUGUCGGAAACGCCACAUCACCCGCGCUGUCCGCUAGCCAGGCCCAGAUGUAUCUACGCGCGCAGAUGCUGAUCUUCACACCUACUGCAACCGUGACUAGUGUCCAGUCCGAGAUCAAUGCAGGAUCCAGCUCUCAAACCCCAAUCUGCAGUAGCCAGGUCCAGAAUCUCGCAGUGCGAGGAAAACAUGUUACAACAGCUGGAGCUCUGAGCACCCAAUCUCACCUUCCCAGCCUCGCCAUGAAGCCACCCUCAAGCAACAUCAGCCUCCAAACGGUCAGCAGCUCCGCUCACACCAAGCCUGCCGGACAUGUGCUCCUACCAGCGAUGCGAGGAGGCCCCGGUGACACAUCAGACACUCACAAGAAGAUGGAAAGCCAGAGUGCAGAUACCCGAGGGAUGACAAACCACAGGCCUUUGGUUCCUGUCACUGCACACUCCAUUAUUUCUCCAGCCUACACACAUCAGUUGAUGCAGCAAAAACAGAUUCAGCACCAGUUUGUCAUUCAGCAGCAGAUCCAGCCUCGCCCUGUCCUCCCUGUUGCUCAGAUCAGCUCCCCGCUGCAGCCUCUCAACCACCAGCCGCAGGUGGGUCAGUGUUUCAGCGCCCCCCCAGUGACAUCCCAGGCUCCACCGAAUGCAAUCUCUACAUGUGUGGAGACGAGUGGACAGAGGCCCAGCUCUGCGGUUCACAUGCCUGCUGCCCAGGCCUGCACUGGCUUGUCUGGGAGGAUCCUACAGGAAGGGCACAAGUCCACAUUGCAUUGCCAGCCUCUCUCGCAAAGUUCAGCCGUUAUUCUUCAUAUUCAAGCACCUACAGGGGCGACCCCACCAACACCACCACCACCCCCAGACGACACUACGAAGCACAACACUCUGCCACCAAAGAAUGUAUCUGUUAAUCCAUCUUUAAUUCACGGAUCCCGGGGCUUACCAUCUCCAUCUCAACCCACCGUCGGCAUUACAGAAACCUCAGAACAGAGCAGAUCCUUGCCAAAUGACGUCGGUCAGCCUGCCUUUCCUGACCCAAACCCUCAUCCUGCAUUGGACAUGACCUCAGGGACUGGCUCCUCCACUGUGCCUGCUGCCGCCACUGGCUCCACACCCCACAACGGUGAGAAUAAACCUCCACAAGCUGUGGUGAGACCCCAAAUCCUCACACACGUCAUCGAAGGCUUCGUGAUCCAAGAAGGAGCCCAACCCUUCCCGUCGCACAGGAGCCGAGCUGUCACGGAGGCCGGAGUUUGCUCUUCCAGGAAGUCGGUCCUGACUGCAGCUUCUCUCCUGAGACAGGUGGGAAGGUCCUCGCUGCUGGUGGGAGCCCGGGAAACUUACAAAUCGCUUCCAUCUGAAAAAAAUCCUCAGCAGGACAACACGACUACGACCACUGACUCAGAGAUGGAAGAGUCUUUUGCACAAGAAACCAAAGACGAUGGCCCCACACUGCAGUGUGAGCUCUGUGGACUUGUGGACUUUGAGUACAAGUUUAAGGGUACCAAGAGGUUCUGUUCCAUGGCGUGUGCCAAGAGGUACAACGUGGGCUGCACCAAACGCGUGGGGCUUUUUCACCCAGACCGUAGCAAAGUUCAGAAGGGUCCCAAGCACACGCGAAGGAAGCAAAGAAAAGGAAGCCUGCGAAAUCUGAAUACGGAGUCAAAAAAACAGUUGCCUGUUUCCAUCACACCUCUGAACACCAUUCCUUUAUCCGUUUCUUCGGCCCUGAAAGAUGUUAACAGCCAGGAAGAUUCCAGCCGGGCAUCAGACAAUUCCAGUUAUGAAGAACCUCUGUCUCCUAUUUCUGCCAGUUCUUCACUGUCCCAGCGACAGCCUAGUGAAAGGGACCUGGAGCUACCUGGACUGCACAGCGGGGACCAUCUACCACUAAACCAGAACUUCCUUCCCAGCAACCCUACGCAGUGGAAGGUUGAAGAUGUCUAUGAGUUUAUUCGGUCUUUGCCAGGCUGCCAGGAGAUCUCAGAAGAGUUCCGGGCCCAGGAAAUUGAUGGCCAAGCUCUGCUUCUUCUCAGAGAGGAACAUCUAAUGAGUGCCAUGAACAUUAAACUGGGCCCAGCCUUGAAGAUCUAUGCCCGUAUCAGUACCCUCAAAGACUCAUAAACCUACACUGGACUUUACAGCAGAAGGCUGCAGCCAAGAAUCACUUUUGCAAAGUGUGUGAAUCCUGAUCUAGUUCCAGAUUCUCUAUUUUACUGAAACAUUAUCGUGGUUUUCUCUGAAGGCUGGGUGCUGAUACAUUCAUUUUGAUGACUAGUAUUUCUCUUAAGAGGUUGAGAACAUCGGGACCAAUUGCAGGCAGAGUUCCUGCAGUAGUCGACACUGGACCUUCCUCAGGCUUGACAUCGGUGCUACCCAGGAUUACAAAUUCUUUCUUUCCUCUCACAUCAGUGUGGUUUUCAUAUUCAGGUGCUGUUCAUGUGGGAAGAGGUGAUACUCCGCACCCGUGAAAUACAAAAACGUUGAAUUAUAGACUUAUUUUUCACUUUUACCUUUUUUCACUCAUGGUUAGUUUUUUUUUGUUGUUAAAAGAAACCUUUUGGUUUUAAUUAGGUUUUUACUUUAAUAUUCUAUUAAUUAGUCCUCACUUAGGAAUCCACCUGUAAUGCGUUUUUUAUAUAUCCUUGUAGGAUUUAAUUAAAUGGAACGGUGGUUUUCACAGCAAUCCCAUUUCAUUUGUGUAAUAAAUUGCCCUGUAAUGUCUCCCAGUAGAAAUGUCGCCAUUUAAGAUCAUCUCCGCUUGUUUAAUUAGUAAUAAGUAGGACCUGCCAGAGCUCCAGUUAUAUGAAACCAGCUCGGAUUAAAGGAGCGACUACACACAAAGCACUAACCUGUCAGGACAGGUCAUGAUUCCCUUUUAUUCCAGAAGUUUGGUCCUUUAAGGGGUUAAUGACAGUUUAUAAACAUGUUAAAGGGACUCUCCAGUGCCAGGAAAACAAACCGUUUACCUGGCACUGCAGGUCCAAUCUCCGUCCCACCCCCCUGUAUCCAGGUUCAGGG